AUUUCUAUUUGGUUCUCGGCUCUCAAAUCUCAGCUCUCAACUCUCAAAUCCACUCUGCUCUGUUCCAUUCAGCUUCUCGCUCAAUUUCUCACCACUUCUCCACACAGCCCCUUACAGCUCCUACCGCAGUUCUCUGGGCGACUCUCCGGCAGUUCAGUUCCAUUUCAUCCAACUCCCUCCGGUCUCCAGCCUUGCAGCCUCUCUGCGAUUUACAGCAUCUCACAGCACCUCACAUUGUGGGUAUUUAACUCUAACUCCGGCUGUGGCUCCAAUUGAG